CGCUAGCAGCGGCGGCAGCGCCAUGCAGGCCAACGGGGCAGGAGGGGGCCAGCAGCAGCAGCAGCAGCCUCAGCUGCCGCAGGGCCCGGAGCUGGGCUGCCUGGGCGCCCAGAACGGCGAGGCCUCGGCGGGCACGACCGCCGGCGACCAGCUGGCGCACGCCAACGGGCUGCUGCCCUCGGCCAACAGCGGCGGCGGCAGCCCCGGCGGCCUCAGCGUCAACAACGGGGUGCCCGCCGCCGGGGGGCCCGGCCCGGCCGCCGCAGAGCUGGGGGGCGGCGGCGGCGGCAGCGCCCUGAAGAAGAAGAAGCGGCUCUCGCAGUCCGACGAGGACGUGAUCCGGCUGAUCGGGCAGCACCUCCACGGCCUGGGCCUCAACCAGACUGUUGAUCUUCUCAUGCAAGAGUCAGGAUGUCGUUUAGAACAUCCUUCUGCUACCAAAUUCCGCAAUCAUGUCAUGGAAGGAGAAUGGGAUAAGGCUGAGAACGACCUGAAUGAACUUAAGGCCUUAGUGCAUUCUCCGCAUGCAAUUGUGAGGAUGAAGUUUUUGCUGCUGCAGCAGAAGUACCUGGAAUACCUGGAGGAUGGCAAGGUCCUGGAGGCACUUCAAGUUCUACGCUGUGAACUGACACCUCUGAAAUAUAAUACAGAACGCAUUCAUGUCCUCAGUGGGUAUCUGAUGUGUAGCCAUGCAGAAGACUUGCGUGCAAAAGCAGAGUGGGAAGGGAAAGGAACAGCUUCCAGAUCUAAACUUUUGGACAAACUCCAGACGUACCUACCCCCAUCAGUGAUGCUUCCUCCAAGGCGUUUACAGAACCUGCUACGUCAGGCUGUGGAACUACAACGGGACCGGUGCCUAUAUCAUAAUACCAAACUAGAUAGUAAUCUAGACUCUGUCUCGCUGCUUAUAGAUCAUGUUUGUAGUAGGGGUCUGAGAUCAGUAUGUGGUGUGCUGUACAUGCUGCAAUGCUUGGGCAUAAUGAGGAAACAGUUCCCAUGCUACACACAGCAGAUACUAACGGAGCACUGUAAUGAAGUGUGGUUCUGUAAAUUCUCCAAUGAUGGCACUAAACUAGCAACAGGAUCUAAGGACACAACUGUUAUUAUAUGGCAGGUUGAUCCAGAUACUCACCAGCUAAAACUACUUAAGACGUUAGAAGGUCACGCAUAUGGUGUCUCUUAUAUUGCUUGGAGUCCAGAUGACAACUAUCUUGUUGCCUGUGGCCCAGAUGAUUGUUCUGAGCUUUGGCUCUGGAAUGUACAAACUGGGGAGCUGAGGACAAAGAUGAGCCAAUCUCAUGAAGACAGUUUAACAAGCGUGGCCUGGAAUCCUGAUGGGAAGCGUUUUGUAACAGGAGGUCAGCGUGGACAGUUCUAUCAGUGUGAUUUAGAUGGUAAUCUCCUUGACUCCUGGGAAGGGGUGAGAGUACAAUGCCUUUGGUGCUUAAGUGAUGGAAAAACUGUUCUAGCAUCAGACACACACCAGCGAAUUCGGGGUUAUAACUUUGAAGAUCUUACAGACAGGAACAUAGUACAAGAAGAUCACCCUAUAAUGUCGUUUACUAUUUCAAAAAAUGGCCGCUUAGCUUUGUUAAAUGUAGCAACUCAGGGAGUUCACUUAUGGGACUUACAAGACAGAGUUUUAGUGAGGAAGUAUCAAGGUGUUACACAAGGAUUUUACACAAUUCACUCAUGUUUUGGAGGUCAUAAUGAAGACUUCAUCGCAAGUGGCAGCGAAGAUCACAAAGUAUAUAUUUGGCACAAGCGUAGCGAGCUGCCAAUUGCGGAGCUGACAGGGCACACGCGUACUGUUAAUUGUGUGAGCUGGAACCCGCAGAUUCCAUCCAUGAUGGCCAGUGCCUCUGAUGAUGGUACUGUUAGAAUAUGGGGACCAGCGCCAUUCGUAGACAACCAGGAUAUUGAAGAGGAAUGCAGUAGCAUGGAUAGUUGAUGGCGAAUUUGGAGCAGACGACUUCAGUUUAACUUAAUUAGUCGUAUUUUAAAUGGCUUGGGAUUUGGUGCAAACAAACAUGAUUGAUAGCUGGACAGACAUGCUCGUCAUGAAAAAGAACCAUUUCUGAAGCCCGAUUGGGGCCAAACAUUUACCACCUUGCUUCAUAGUAACCAGUCGAGAUGAAGCACGUCGUUAGAACGUUGUUGGACACCGUGUUGAAAUUACCCCCCCAUCGGUUGUGAAGAACUGUGCUACAUUCAGGCUAACCAUUGAACUCUAUAUAUUUUUCCCUCCUGCCUUUUUGUCUGGCAGGCUACUGUUCUUGUUGCUCUUCUGUGUAAUGAAGUUUAAAUGCUUGUUUGGAACACUUUAUUUAACAGUUUAGAAGGCUUGAUAGAAAGAGUGCUUUAGUCUGAAGAGUAUACAUUGGAUAGGAAAGUAUUUCCUUCUCUUGUUUCUCGAAUCUCUCCGCCUUACUUAGCUUGAGAUCUUUGCAGCUUGGUUCAUGGAUUCUAGCCUUGCCCGUUGCGCAUAUAAAUUGAGAUAAACCAAUGAACUAUGUCAAAAGCACUCUGAAUAUCACAUUUGACAAAAAGUUUUGUACUUUUCACAUAGCUCGUUGCCCUGCAAAGGGGUUAACAGCACAAUUUUUUAAAAAUAAAUUAUUUAUAGGAUUAAAAUGACUUCAUUUGUAUACAUUUGGAACUAAAACGAUGCAAGAAGUGUUGUAAAAUGUGGUAUCACUGAUGCUCUUCCAGAGUGUCUUGAGACCCGAUCAAAAGCAGUGGCUGGAAGGAACUUUAUGUAGUCAGUAAAGGUUGUUUUAGAAAGAGAAACUCACUGUCCAUAUUAACAGAUAAAUCGUAUUAUUUAGCGAAAAAAAGAAGUGUUCAGAGUACACCACCAGACUAAGAGUUUAAACAAGACAAGGUCUUCUUUUUAAUUACAUAAAUAUAUGCAACAAUAUGGAUUAAAGGUAGGCUACACCUCAACAAAAGAAUGUUUUGAAUACUUUCUUCACAAAGUCAACAUUUUGUAAAAGUAAUUAACAUUCAAAUCAUAAGUAACACUUGUGUUAUGAAGGAAAACUUUAUUUGAUAAACAAAGAUGUAUAGAUUUUCUUUCUGAAAAUAUACUUUUAAGUUUGCAAAUUUAAAUGUCUCUCCUAGACCUUGUUGCAAGCUGGUGCUGUGAACAUCUUGACGCAUUUAGGAACAGUUCCACUAAUAUGCCAUGUUUAGAAAAGAGAAAGACAUCACGUGUGGUUUUUGUCUUCAAUAAACAGAUGGCCUGGCAUCUCAAUGCUUCUGCACUACACACAAAUUCAUUGUGGGAUGGCGCUGGAGUCCAUUUUCUACCAUGGGUGGAAAGGUAGUGUUGGUAGUGCUGUGAAGUAAAGAGGGAGCAGGAAAGGGCGUGUCACCAAGAAUGAUGUGAAUGGAAGUGUGGACUUCAUCCUUUAAUGAGACGGUAAUCUAGUGACCUUAUUAGUCAUGUGUGGAAGAAGGGUGGGGGAAGGUUUGCCAGAGUUCCUGGGAAGAGCAGUGUAGCUGCUUUGAGUGGGAAUGUGGUGUUUAACAUAAACAGUCCCUUUUUCUUUCCCAAAGAAACAAAAUUUAAUGGGUUGGAUUUUUUUUUUAGAUUCCAGCAAUCAGGUGGUGGUGUUUUUCCUUGCCCUGUGUGUCAUCUGAAACAUGAUUGAAGAUUCCAAUCUUCUUGUUGAAACCAGCCCUGAAUCUGACAUACUCAUUUCUGGUUUAGUACCUCCAAAAUGAAGUAGGAACUUAACAUUCUUAUCUUCAACCUAGUUCAUUUUUUCUUAAGGGGAAUUGCGCUGAUAGCAAUUAUGGGAGUUAUAGCAUACUGGGAGUAUGUAUGUAAACUGAAGACUACAAAUCAGUUCCUCCUUCCAUUAGCUAGUUUUAGAAGCAGCUGUUUGUUUCUGUUGCUAGUUCGGACAGCGUAAGAUUGGUCAGGCUUGUCUGUGGCAUCAGUGUUGCAGAGAAGCAGACAACUUUCCUAAGGUUAAUUUUUAGUAAAAUAAACCUCCAGGUUUUAAAUAAAUAUUGAAUACCUAAAUUGCAAACAGUAUUUUUUAUCUUCAAAACAUGGUAUAAUUCUUAAGUGAUGCUAGUAUGCGAAUCUGUGGAAGUUAUCCCUGUAUUGUCUUACUCUGGAACUCAUGUUUUUAAAUGAAGCGUUAUUUAGGGAGAGCAGGGGGGAGGAGAAUAAUGCUGGUUUUGGUGUCUCUUAACAAAGAUACUGUGUACAGCCGUCUCGCACUAUUUGCUUACCUCAUACUCACGGGACUUAGUGGGAAAUUUAGGCAGGUGUUGAAGGCUGGAUCAAGUCUCAAGUUUAGAUUUAAAGUCUCACAUCCACUUCAACAGGCAUUUUUAAUAUGGCUGGCCAUACCUGGCCAAGACUCCUUACCUGGUACAAGCUAUGUGGGGGUAUGUAUGACCUGAUGCCUAUUUUCUACUGCAAUGCAUUGUAAUUAAAAAUUUAAACUUACUACUACCAAAACCUGACCUCCAUUCUGGGUUUUCUCUUCUGGACUUGGUAUGUACCU